CGUCGUUACCGUGCGUGGGUGCGGUGGAGCAGGGUAGGCCAUGUGGUGACCCUGUUACAAACGGGCGCAGCUCUCUUCCUCACUGUCGCCAUCGUCCAAUCAAUGCUGGACUCUGAACUACCCUCAUGCCCCUUGAAGCUGGGUUACCAAGGCCCCUGGACCUAUCUCCUCCCACUGGCUCUCUUCGUCCUAACUGCCAGCUGGAUCGCCGUCGGUGGGCAGUGCUUAGCUGGCAGCGACGUGCUGAUGUGGCGGUCGUUCUACGCCAUGCGGGACCGCGCGUGGCGGGCGCACUACCGGGAGAUGUUCAACUGGAGCAUCAGGGAGAUUCUGUGUUGCAUGGGACGGGCUAGACCCUGGGACGAGGUAGACGAUGAGGUGGACAUAGUGGCGUCACUACUGGGGGAUGUGAUGGCAUACAGAGCGGUGGGGGCCAGUCACCUGGAGCUGCUCGCAGGCCUCGCUCUUCUCCAAGCCAAUCGCCCACCGCCAGCUGUCGAUGCCCCUACCACCUCCUUGUCCUCUUCCCAACCCGCCCACCUCAACGCACUGCCAUCCACCUCCGCUGCCACCCCUCUCUCCUCCGCCACCCCCCUCUCCGCUGCCACUGCACCCUCUGUCUUUGACUCCCUCAACUCUAAUACCACCAGCAGCAGCAGCACUGCAGGCAGCAGCAUGAGGGGUAUUGACAGCAGCAAUGCAGGCAGCGGGCAUGGGGUUAGCAGGGUUAGCAGUGAGGGCAGCAGCAGUCAGAGGCUGGCGGAGGGGGGUCCGUUCCCCUCCCGCCCUGCCUCUGUUCCGAUAAGCCUUGUUGAGGAAGCUGCGGCUCUGCUGCCGCUUGCCAUUGCUGCCUACACGGGCCCGUUAUUGGACAUGGGCCGGUAUCCCUUCACCUUUGCGUGCGCGUGGGUGUGGAGACAAGGAAUGUUCUUUCCGUGGCAGCAGUCGAGGUACCCCGCGCUGCAAGGUGACAACUGGUGGAGGGGGCAUGCAUCUGCAUUCCUCAAGUACCUCCACCUGCCGCCCUCCUCUCUUAGGAAGGCGCGGGUCAGACAGGAGGCAGCAGGGCAGGCGGUGUACUUCGUGGUGGUGCUGCAUCAGCUGCGCCUGGUGGUGGUGGCAGUGAGGGGCACGGAGUCCCUAGAAGACAUGAUUAUCGACGGGCUGGGGCGGGAAUGCCCGCUCAGUGACGCGGAUAUGGGAGGGAUCGACAGUGAAGCUGAGCUUGGUGGUGGUGGCAGUGAGAGGCACGGAGUCCCUGGAUUGGAGGACAUUAUUAUUGAUGGGCUGGGGCGGGAGUGCCCGCUCAGUGAUGCGGAUAUGGUGGGAUUGACAGACAAACUGGUGCCGUACUUUGGCCAUGCGGGGGUGGUGACAGCAGCACUUCCAGCUUCCUCCAUUUCCCCCCUCGCCUCUCCCGUUCUAUUCCCCCCUAGGUCCGAGCUCCAUCCUCCCCUGGUGACGGACAGACUGGUGCCGUACUUUGGCCAUGCGGGGGUGGUGACAGCAGCACUUCCAGCUUCCUCCAUUUCCCCCCUCGCCUCUCCCGUUCCAUUCCCCCCUAGGUCCGAGCUCCAUCCUCCCCUGGUGACGGACAGACUGGUGCCGUACUUUGGCCAUGCGGGGGUGGUGACAGCAGCACGCGAUUUGGCUCUGCAGCUUGAUAACAUGGGGGAUGGGGAAGACGAGGAGGGGGAGGUAGGAAAGGCAGGGAGUGUGGAGGAUGGGGGAGGGGAUGAAGAGGAGGGGUCGCUGCUGGGGCAGAAGGAGAGGAAGCGACCGAGAAGAGGCAUUCUGUCGGAGCUACUGGGUGAGGGCGGCGAGUGCGAGGGAUAUGGGCUGCGACUUGUGGGGCACUCCAUGGGAGGCGCAGUGUGCAGCCUCACUGCCAUCCGGGUGAGUGGGUGUUGUUUGGGCAACUGUGACUGCUGUCCUUUUGAAGGGAAAAAGAUAGGCUGUCAACUGGUGAGUGCCCAUAGCGUGGGGCAUUCCAUGGGCGGGGUAGUGUGCAGCCUCACUGCCAUCCGGAUAGGCUGUCAACUGGUGAGUGCCCAUAGCGUGGGGCAUUCCAUGGGCGGGGUAGUGUGCAGCCUCACUGCCAUCCGGUCAUGCGCCUGCGAGCAGCAGCGCUCAGAGACCCUCACUGAUGCCUUUCCCACGUUCCCUUCCCCCCUCAUCGCCUACAGCUUCGUAUAUAACGACGAGUUCUCCCCUGCUACAUCUGUAGCGUCGGUCAUGCGCCUGCGAGCAGCAGCGCUCCGGGCUGUAGCAGCAGGCACACGUGCAGGCGGGCUGCUGGGCACGGCUGUAGCAGCAGUGGGAUGGGACCAGGCACUCAGAGCAGUCACUGUUGAUACCACUAUCCUCCCACGCCCACCCCUUACUGCGUGUUCCCCUUCCCUCCUACAUUGCCCCUUCUCCCCUCUCCCUCUCCUUCCCACCCGCUACAGCUUUGUGUAUAACGACGAGUUCUCCCCACGAACAUCUGUAGCGUCAGUCAUGCGCCUGCGAGCAGCAGCGCUCCGGGCUGUAGCAGCCGACACGCGCGCAGGCGGGCUGCUGGGCACGGCUGUAGCGGCAGUGGGGCCGGGCGCGCAGGCAGGAUCAGCCGGAAUGAGGGCUGCGGCAGUGGAUCGGCUAUUGUCUCGCCUCUUCACUCUGCCGUUUGGGAUAGGGCGCGGGAAUGAAGGUAAUGAGAUGGGUGGGGUGAGCGGGGUGGGGGAUGGGGUGGUGGGGGGAGCAGGGUCAGUAGGACAGGAGUUGGGGCUUAGGAACCGGAGUGGGGGGCCGGAGGAAGGGGAGGAGGAGGGGGAGCAGCAGCAGAGAGAGCAUGGGAAGCCGAAACUGCAAAGGAUGGCUAGCUUUGCGAGGACUGCUGCGGCAUCUGCAGCAUCAGCAGCUUCAUCUGCUGCUUCUGCUGCUGCUCACUCUGCACAUACCGCACUGCACCACGCCGCACACCUCUCAACCCCGCACCACCAUUUUGCCUUCCACAGGCACUGGGGACAGCGAGGGGCGGAAGAAGAGGAGGAAGAGCAGGUGCUAAGGCAUGGGCUGCACAUGCCACGGCAGUGGAAGGGAUUGGGUAUUCUUCCCACUCCCACCAAACGUGCCACUGCUGCUGCUGGCACUAGCUCUGCUGCUGCUGCUCCUGCUGCUGCUGCUGCUGCUGCUGGUUCUUCUGGUGUGGCUGUCGCUGCUGCUGCUGCUGCUGAUGGUACUGCCGGUGCUAGUUAUGCUCUGGCUCCUUCUGGUGCUGGUGCUGUUGCUGCUGCCGGUGGGUCUAGGCUGACCGGAUACGCAAGGGAGGAUUAUGCUUCCCUGAUCGAGUAUUGCCAGGCUAAGGGGAGUAAGGGCGCACAGGAUUGGCUGAGAGAAAACGUCAUGCCACGUCAUCAGAAGAAGAAGAAAUAUCUGUGGGGAAGGUGGGGAGCGAGGAGAGGGUGGAGGGGGAGGGAUGAGGAGGGGGAGAAUGGGGGUGAUGGGGAAGCAGAGGGGAGGAGUGGCGUGGGGGAGAGAGGUGUGAGGGACAGUGGAGAGCGGUUAGAGGGAGUGCAGGAGGUGGAAAGCGAACUGCAGCGCGACUCUGCGUAUGCAUAUAUGGGUGGCUCUUCUAUUGGGGGAUCUAACGUUGGGGCUUCCAAGGCUGGCCCCAAGCCUAUCACCAAACCUAGCGGCAAACCUAACCUCGGGAGGUCAAUCUCCGACCUUUCCUUUGUGAGAAGCUCAGUAGGCUUAGGUGGUUUGGCAAGCGAAACAGCAGCAGAAGCAGCAGCAGCAGCAGCCACAGCAGCAGCAGCAAGAGGAGGAGCAGAGAUAGUUGAAGAAAAUGGAGCGGUGUUAGCUGAAUCAGCUGGAGCUGACAAUACACGGUUACCACUAGAUAACUUAUCGGGGGCGGCCGAAGGGACAGGAUCUACUGCCCAUCCGACUACAGCGCCGCCUGCUACAGUGCCUUCUGCUACAGUGCCGUCUGCUACAGUGCCGCCUGCUAAAGUGCCGCCUGCUACAGUGCCACCAGCUCGUGCUAGCAGCAGCGACGCUUCUGGGAGGAGGGAUAGUAAUGAGAGCGGAUUCAGAGGAAACAACGAGGAAGCAUCUGUUGCUUCGUCAGCUAAUGCCACCUCUCCUGCUGCUGCCGCCUCUCUCGUUCGUGCUGCCUCUCCUGCUGAUGCUGCCUCUAAUGAUGCAAGUGCUGGGGAGGGUGACUGCAGGGAAGAUAACAGUGCAUCAGAGUCCCAGCAACGGAAUCACCAUCACCAGCAGCAGCAGCAGCAGCAGCAGAAUCACAAGACAGGAUCAGAGAACCUCCCAGCAGCAUCGCCCUACAGGCUCCCUCCCUUGCAUCACGGGCGCAUGAAACGGUCCCUCUCUCUCCUCUCCCACCUCCCCCGCCGCAGCAGCAGCGCCAACGACGUUGCACUUGCUGCAGCCGAUGCUGAUGGGGGUGGCAGUGGCGGCAGCAGUGGCGGUGGCUGGAGUGGUGGCCUUCACUGGGGUGGGAGUGGAGGAGGAAGAGGGAACCAAAGGAGAGGUGCUGCGGCUGGUGGUGCUGGUGCGAGGAGGAGUGCGAGUGGCGGUGCUGGUAACCGCAUGGGUGGGGGUGUUACAGAUGUCCGGAGCAGGCCUGCUUGGCUGGUGGAGCAGGAACAGGAGUUCCCAGGAGAAGUGUAUGUGCUCGGCAAGGUUGUGCAUAUAGUGAGGGAAGAGGUUAGGCCUGCCACGUCAGCAGUGCGGACAGUGAAGGAGGAUAAGGCUGCCACAUCAGCAGUGCAGACAGUGUGGGAGGAUAAGGGUGCCACGUCAGCAGCCGGUCCGCCUGAGGCUGACGCAGCGCCUGUGAGGAUCGAUGUGGGCAAUGGGAAUGAUGGUGCGAUCUGCAUUGAUGUUAUAGAAGGUGAUAUUAACAAAGGUGAUCGAAACGGAGGAGCCCGACAAAACGGGAACGAAUGGGCGAGAAGCAAGGAUGAGGGGCGUGAAGGGGUUGAGAUGGGUGCAAGGAGUGAGGGGAGCGAGAGGGGAGAGAGGGGUGAGGGGGGUGAGGGGGAUGAGGGGGUUGAGGGGGGGGGCAAAGCCAGGGGUUCAGGAAUGGGCGAGAUGCAAGGCGAGAUGCAAGGGGGGGUGCAAGGCGGGGUGCAAGGCGGGAUGCAAGGCGGGGUGCAAGGCGGGGUGCAAGGCGAGGUGCAAGGGGGGUCACAGGAGGAGAGGGUGUUGGAGGCAGCGGCAGCCAAGCCGGGGUUGCUGGAGUCGUUUCGGUCACUGGCAGGGAACCCCUUUGCCUCCUCACGCCACCGCGCUCGCUUCAUUCCUCGGGAGUCGCUGCGAGAUCUUCUCGUGUCGCCCUCCAUGUUCCUCGACCACCUCCCUUGGAGGUACGCCCCUCUUCUAAUAUCAUUUCCUGAAACACAUUCCCUGGCCAUGGCUCCCAAGAAAGGCGAUUCCGCCGGCGGAACGAGCGGCAAAGGCGGUAAAGCGGGGUCAGGCAAGCCGGCCGCCGCGGACCGGAAAAAGUUUUCCGUCAGCAGCAUAGUGGUGGAGGAGAAAGGUAAAGGCGAAAAGAAACCGUCCGUCGCCCCUUCCGGCGGCGGCGGCGGCGGCGGGAAGAAAUCGCGCGCUCCGCCGAGCAAAAAGCCGCAAGACGAUUACCUCGCGGGCGUCGAUCUCCCGCCGUCCGAUGACGAAGAGGAAGAAAUAAUGGACGGCGCAGAUGAUGGGGAGUUUGUUGAAGACGUCGAUAUUGGCGGAUCCAAGGCGGGGAGGGGUCGCGGGCUUGUAACGGGGAUGGGUAGCUUGCAGAUGUUGGAUAAGCAAGCGAAGAAGAAGAAGGAGAAGGAGCUUAUGAUUGAGCAAGCCCAGGAAGAGGCGCGUAAAGAGGCUCUUAAAGCGGACGACGCUAACGCGUUUUCCGUCACUCUCGGUUCCCGAGUCGCGGACGACCCUUCGGAAGACGCGGACGGCGCGGCGGGAACUGCGGCCGACGCGAACGUGCGGGAUAUUAAAGUGGAGAACUUUUCGGUCUCGGCGCGCGGGAAGGAACUAUUCAGGAACGCGUCGCUAACUAUCGUUCACGGAAGGCGGUACGGGCUAGUAGGGCCUAACGGCAAGGGUAAAUCGACGGUGAUGAAGCUGCUUGCGCGGCGGCAGCUGCCGGUGCCACGUGGCAUUGACGUGCUUUUAGUGGAGCAGGAGGUGGUUGGGGACGAAAGAUCCGCGUUAGAAGCUGUUGUGACUGCAGAUAUGAAGCUGGUGAAAUUGCGCGAGGAAGAAGCGCGGUUACGAGCGAUUUUGGAUAAAUAUUCGCAUGCGGAAGGGGAAGGGGAGAAGGGGACGGGAGGAGGCAGGGAAGGGGUGGAAAAGGACAAGCAGGGAGAGAGUAGCGAGACGGCGGAAGAAACGGGGGAGAGUGGGACGACAGGGAAAGUGAAAGGGAAAGGGAGGAAGAAGGGCGCGCAAGCAGCAGCAGCAGCAGCUGCUGCCGCCGCCGCCGCCGCAGCCGCGACGGCGGAGGAGGAGGAAGACGAGGCGAGCGCAAGCGAGAAGCUUGCGCACGUGUACGACGAGAUGCGGGAGAUCGGCGCGGAAGCGGCGGAAGCGCGCGCGUCGAAGAUCCUCGCGGGUUUAGGGUUUACAAAGGAGAUGCAGGCGCGGUCGACGAAAUCGUUCUCUGGGGGGUGGCGCAUGCGAAUUUCGCUCGCGCGCGCGCUUUACGUGCAGCCGACGCUGCUGCUGCUGGACGAGCCUACUAAUCACCUGGAUCUUAGGGCGGUCUUAUGGCUGGAGGAGUAUUUGAUGAGGUGGAAGAAGACUCUAAUCGUCGUGUCGCACGAUCGCGACUUUCUUAACUCUGUCUGCACGGAUAUCAUUCACCUGCACGACGAGAAGCUGUUCUUCUACAAGGGUAACUUCGAGGGCUUCGAGGAGAUGUAUGAGCAGAAGCGGCGGGAGAACAACAAGAAGUUUGAGGUCUAUGAGAAACAGCUCAAGGCGGCGAAGCGGUCCGGGAACAAGCAGAACCAGGACAAGGUCAAGGACCGAGCCAAGUUCAACGCACAAAAAGAGGCUCGGAAGGGCGGCAAGAAGAGCGCCAGCUCAGCCGGCGACGCGGACGACGACACGCCGGCCGAAGCCCCCAAGAGAUGGCGGGACUACGCCGUCGAAUUCCAUUUCCCCGAACCCACCGAACUCACUCCGCCUCUGCUCCAACUCAAAGAAGUCUCCUUCUCGUAUCCCAACCGGCCGGAUUUCGCGCUUUCUGAGGUUGAUGUGGGGAUAGACAUGGGGACGCGGGUUGCGAUUGUCGGGCCGAACGGGGCGGGGAAGUCGACGCUGCUGAAUUUGCUCGCGGGGGACUUGCAGCCGACGCAGGGGGAGUCUAGGCAGAGCCAGAAGCUUCGGAUCGGGCGGUACUCGCAGCAUUUUGUGGACCUUCUGGCGUUUGAUGAGACUCCAGUGGAGUAUUUGCUCCGGUUGUACCCGAACCAGGAGGGCCCGAGCCGGCAGGAGGCGGUUCGGAGCAGGCUCGGGAAGUUUGGGCUGCCGAGCCAUAAUCAUCUGACGCCGAUCGUGAAGCUGAGCGGAGGGCAGAAGGCUCGGGUGGUGUUUACGGCGAUCAGCAUGGCUCGGCCGCACAUUUUGCUGCUGGAUGAACCGACGAAUCACCUUGACAUGCAGAGUAUUGACGCGCUGGCAGACGCGUUAGACGAGUUCACCGGAGGAGUGGUGCUGGUGUCCCACGAUUCGCGCCUCAUCUCGCGCGUGUGUGACGACGAGGAAAGGGCAGAGAUCUGGGUGGUGGACAACGGCACGACUAAGAAGUUUCCGGGAAGCUUUGAGGAUUACAAGCAGCAGCUGAUCAAGGAGAUUAUUGCAGAGGUGGAGGGCUAG